AUGAACGUGCGCAGGGUGGAGAGCAUCUCGGCUCAGCUGGAGGAGGCGUGCUCCACAGGCGGUUUCCUCUACGCUCAGAACAGCACCAAGCGCAGCAUCAAAGAGCGCCUCAUGAAGCUCUUGCCCUGUUCAGCUGCCAAAACGUCGUCUCCUGCUGUUCAAAACAGCGUGGAGGAUGAGCUGGAGAUGGCCACCGUCAGGCAUCGGCCUGAGGCCCUUGAGCUGCUGGAAGCCCAGAGCAAGUUCACCAAGAAGGAGCUCCAGAUUCUUUACCGAGGAUUUAAGAAUGAAUGCCCCAGCGGUGUUGUUAACGAAGAAACCUUCAAAGAGAUUUACUCACAGUUCUUUCCACAGGGAGACUCUACAACGUAUGCACAUUUUCUGUUCAAUGCGUUUGACACAGACCACAAUGGAGCUGUGAGCUUUGAGGAUUUCAUCAGGGGUCUUUCCAUUUUGCUCCGAGGGACAGUACAAGAAAAACUCAACUGGGCAUUUAAUUUGUAUGACAUAAACAAAGAUGGCUACAUCACUAAAGAAGAGAUGCUGGAUAUCAUGAAGGCAAUAUAUGACAUGAUGGGUAAAUGCACAUAUCCUGUCCUCAAAGAAGAUGCUCCCAGACAACACGUGGAGACAUUUUUCCAGAAAAUGGACAAAAAUAAAGAUGGAGUUGUUACUAUAGAUGAGUUCAUCGAAAGUUGCCAAAAAGAUGAAAACAUAAUGCGCUCCAUGCAGCUCUUUGAAAAUGUGAUUUAA